ACAUUCAGGCCAGUGUGACCCUGCUGUGUGGAUCCCAGAGGGAACCCAGCAAUUCUCCCUAUGUAACAGGGGUCCACGGCUCCAGCUAACUUCUCCCCAGAACCUACGUGUCUGGGUCCUCAGCACCUUCAUUCAAGAGGAGUCUGGAGUAUAGGUUCCUUCCUCCCUCAGACCUGGGAGUCCGGGUCCUUUCUCAUUUCCGAGGAGUGAAGCCAGGACUGACCCCACUUGUGGCUGCUGUUUCUGUCCAGUGCCCCUGAGGCGCUCAGCUGCUGGGUCUGCAGGAAGCUUCGUUAUGAAUGACCGAAACAUCCGUAGGUGGACAAUGAAGAAGGACGAGGAGUCUUUGGAGAUCUCCAUCCCCUUUGAUGAGGCACAGCGCCUAGACUCACAGAUCUUUUACAGCCUCAGCCCCUCCCGGGGGAACUUCGACGAGCCUCCAGAGGCUGCAUCCCCCACACUGGCCCUGAUGAAUGGCGUCAAGGCCCAGCUGCACAUGGCCUUGGAGAGGAACUCCUGGCUGCAGAAGCGCAUUGAGGACCUGGAAGAAGAGAGGGAUUUCUUGCGGUGUCAGCUGGACAAGUUCAUCUCCUCUGCCCGGAUGGACACAGAGGACCACUGCCGGGUGAAGCCUGGGCCCCGGAGGGUUGAGGGGGACAGCAGGGCUGGUGGUGAGGCCUCAGACCCUGAAUCAGCAGCCUCCUCACUCAGCGGGGUGUCUGAAGAAGGCAGUGCCGGCGAGAGGAAGAGGCGGAACCAGAAGGGAAAUGCAGGCCGGAGACGCUUCGGGAAGCCCAAGGCUCGGGAGAGACAGCGGGUGAAGGACGCUGAUGGGGUUCUCUGCCGCUAUAAGAAGAUCCUGGGUACCUUCCAGAAGCUAAAGAGCAUGUCGCGGGCCUUCGAGCACCACCGCGUGGACCGUAACACAGUGGCGCUGACCACGCCCAUCGCAGAGCUGCUCAUCGUGGCCCCGGAGAAGCUGGCCGAGGUGGGCGAGUUCGACCCGUCCAAGGAGCGCCUGCUUGAGUACUCGCGCCGCUGCUUCCUGGCACUGGACGACGAGACGCUCAAGAAGGUUCAGGCCCUCAAGAAGAGCAAGCUGUUGCUGCCCAUUACUUACCGCUUCAAGCGGUGAUGCCCGGCUGGCGCGGCCCUCCCGCCGCCCCGCC